CUUGGGCGCGCCACCUGUAAGCGCUGAGGGAGAGGGUAGCCCCACAAUUUGGCCUAUUUCAAAACAAAUGACAGUACAAAGAUGACCUACAAUAAUAAUUUGGAUAAUGACCGACAUUUCAAAAGAGAGACUACCAUCACCUCAGAAUCUUGGGCGCGCCGCCUGUAAGCUCUGAGGGAGAGGGAAGCCCCAUAAUUUGGCCUAUUAAGUAAAAAACAAGUAACAAUACAAAAGUAACCUGUAAUAAUAAUUUUUGGAUUAUGAUUGACAUUUCAAGGAGGCUAAAAUUACUGAUAUAGAAACCAUACUGUAUCUGGGACGUUGAUUAUACAGAUCGCGCAAGCGAAACACGAAGAUGUUGAAGUGGAAGCUAGAAUAUCUGGAGUAAUCCAGCGUCUUGGGCUCCUGCCAGCGAAUAAGAUUUUGGCGGGAUUUCGACAGUGCUUGGCGGGCUUUUUGGAGAGUGAUUUGUCACUGGAGGCACAUCGACGCUUACAUCGUCUUAAGCCAGAGAAAAAAGACUUGAAUCCUUCGCCGUUUGAUAAAAAGGUCGUCUAUUGAAUCAGAUAAUCGGUCUUGCUGUUCCUCAAGGACAUGUGAAGUAGAGCUCGAGCUCUCGCAUUCGUUUACACCGGUGACUAUAAAAUGUGCAUUGUUGACGGCUUUUCUCAAACGUUCAAAUGGAGAAGAUUUAAAAAUUUCCUUGGUCAGGGUCUUUUCCACGCAGAGUUCCUUCCAAACCGGAGAAAAAUGUGCCAGCAGAGAGUGUACUCCUACUUGUGGCUCCACAGUAAAAACUUGGUACGCCGACUCGCCGUUUUCGCUUCGAAGGUCACCAAUGUUGACACGGCAUACUACUCUUGAAAGAAGUUAAAUGAGCCAUCGGAGCACUAUUUUCUUAAAAGAAAGCACUUGAAAAACCAUUGAAAGCGUAUCAAGCCUAUUUGAAUCCAAAUACGGCGAGAAAACUGUAGUUAUCAAUUGCGAAGCCAGCCGCGAAGAUCGACUUCCAAAUUUUCAAUCGACCGUGAAAUGAAUUUAUAAUACCCAAAUAGUCUGAUCAAAUUUCGCGUUUCCUUGAGAUGUCUGGUUCGUUUAAUCAGAAGUACAAAGUUCCUUGACAGGCAAUGUGUCCGGCGCUCUCCAAAGGUGUCUGGAGGAAUGCUUAAAACUAAUUACGAAAGUAACGCUUGUCUGUUAUUGGAAACCGAUCUGCGGUGGUUGCUGUGGAGAUUAGGCCUCCUCCUGCGGGCACUAAAAUCGGGGCUCUGGCCUGAACAAAAGAAAGCAACAAAAAAUAAAGAAAGACAAGAAAAAGAAAAAUAUCGCCAACUUUCUUGGUGCUUGCCUUGGAGACGCUUAGCUCUUCAUUUAAUACGUUACGAACAGACAUUCGCCACUACAGAAAUGAGAAUGAAAAAUUUCGCAAAGACUUCUGGGACUGUAACCAGGGACAGGAGAAAAAAAAUUGGCCAAUAGCUGCCUGACGCGUCCCAAGUAACGAUCCCAGAAUCCAUUGCGGUACACAUUUUGGCUACAGUCUCCUUCUCGCUUCUUAAGUGGCAAAUGACAUGCUUUGUUUAGGUUCAACUUCUCCAUUGUAUUGAGCAAGUGUUGAGUGAAGGAGGUGGCAAUCAGUUUGUAGAUGGAUUCUAUGUAGCAGAGGAGCUGAGGGAGAAAGAUCCGGAAGCGUUUAAGCUCUUGUCAACCACGCGCAUUCCGUUCACUGCUAAAGGGAUCGACAUCUUUGGCGAAUUUCACACCAAAUUCGCAAGGCACAUAAUAGAGUGAGUGUUUCAAAAAUCCUACAACUUUUUGACAGUAAGUAAAAACAGACUUGUCUUACAAUACCUGUGCCAGCACAGCAUUAUUCAAAGGCGCCGUCCAGAAGGAAAAAAAAAGAUCUCGUUUUCGGGCUUUGUAACAGCAAACUAGUCAUUGUGUGUCUACACUCUGCCAACAACAGUACAUAUACCGUAAAUCCUCUAUUAAGGCCCCCCCCCCCCUUCUCAAGUAAGUCCCUCUCUAAUGAGCCCACCCUUUUCAGGGGAAGAAAGUUAAUACCCCCCCCCCCGCCCCAUCUCUUUUAAGCCCCCGCCCCCUCCUCCCUUGUUAUUAUUAUUCACUAAUAAAUGAUAGAAUGUUUUAAUCAAUCACGACUGUAAAACCUCGUGUGGACUGAUCUCGGGAUGGUUUAUUCGCUAGCUGGAAGUUUGGAGUUGUACUUGAACAUUUCCACUUUGCAUUCUAGUUGAUACCAUCGUCUUUGUAAAAUUAAAUAAACCCCUCCCUCAAAUAAGUCCCCCUCCCCCCUGAAAUGUGUUUGAAAUAAUUAAGCCCCGGAGGGGCUUUAUAUAGGAUUUAGGUAGACGUGCCGUCUUGUUACAAGAAUACGUCCACACCGGCGGUGGACGGCCUGUACGUUCCAUUUAGGAUUUCGAAACUUUAAACGACGAAGAAAGACCUAAAAGACAUUUAAGACAGCUACCAAAAAAAGGAGGCAAAGAGUUUAAUGAAUGCAUGUUUAGGGCCAUUGUUUUGAUCCUGUGUUAAUCUUCUUCUCGUAGGUUGGACGAGAAUGAAAACAUCGUCCGAUUCUCGUGCAACAAUCAGACGCGUGAUUCCGGGCUGCAUGUUUCUCCAGAAAAAACUAUUCAACUGUAUGAAGCCUACCUGACAAUUGGCAAGAUGAUAGCAGAUCCAGCCAAUCAAAUUGAGCAUAAAAUGUUACCCGGCGAAGUUGUAACGUUCAACAACAGCCGCGUGCUACAUGGUAGAUCCUCCUUCAUUAUCAACAAGCAAACAAAGCGUUACUUGCAAGGGUUUUACCUCGACUGGGAUGCUAUCUAUUCUCGACUAAGAGUUCUGGCUAAGCAGUUUAAUACUCCAUUUCGAAUCUAA